UAUAUAUCGAAGGUAAGCUGCUGUAUACUCGAAUCAACUACGAUUUAGUGCAUCCCGGUGUAUAUCCUUAUACCGAUUUUCAUUCAUUUUUUCUUUUAAGACGUUCUUUUGCAUAAUGCUUUUCCGUGCCGGAUUUUUAGUUUGUCUUGCCAGCGCUUUUGUCGCUAAUGCUAUCCAAUUUAAUUCCCCUGAAAAGGGCACUGUUUGGACGUCUGGCGAGACAAAUACAGUUUCCUGGACUCCUGUUAACACCGACCCCAGUAAAAUCAAUGUUGUUUUGGUAAACAUGCAUAACUGGCCUAACAGAAAAUAUAACCUUGGUACCGUCGAAACAUCCAAGGAACACUUAGAUACUGAUAUUAGUUUCUCCUCUGACCUUCCUACUUCUGGAUGGCAAAUUUACCUCAACAGUGUUGAUGAUAUGAACACUGGUUCAUUGGCCCAAUCCGAGGAGUUCAGUAUCAAGGGUGGUGACCAGAAGGUUGCAUCUAAUUCCAUCAGUGGAGGUAUCGUUUCUAGCACUUCUUCCAGCACUUCUGCCAGCUCUACUCCUGCUUCUUCCAGCAGCGGCUCUUCUGGCAGCUCCUCUGGCUCUUCUGCUGCCUCUUCCUCUUCUCCUAGCAGCAGUGCUAGCUCUUCCGCUCCUGUUUCUUCUUCCUCCACUGUCAUCGCCUCCACUAGUGGCUCUUCUACCACCUCUCUUACCUCUGCAGUCGCAAAGACCAUGAGUGGUAGCAGCAGUGGUAGUGGUAGUGGCAGCAGCAGUGGCUUUGCUACUAGUUCUUCUGGUUCCGGUUCCUCCAACUCAAAGGGUAACUCUAGCUCGAGCGGCAGUUCCUCUGACUCUUCCGGUGUUGCUGCUGUGGGCAUGACUAAGCUUUCUGUUGCUGCUUGCUUUGCAGUUGCUGCUCUUAUGCUUUUAGCUUAAGCUCAAGGCAGAUGAUCAACUGUCCUCGAAAAAAAGUCCAGUCGUAAUUCCGUAGGAUGACUGGUUAAUAAGGAAGACAGCGUUUUACUGUUCUUUGCACAUUUUCAUUUAACUUACAUUGUCGCAUCUCAUUCAUCUAUCAUGUUUUUGAUCUUUUGCAUGGUGCAUUGAAUUAAUUGGUAUUGGUCUAUCAUUUGUUUUUAUCUUAUCAUUUCAGAUUUUUAUAAAGUCUCCCAAUUUGCAUUUUUUGAACUAUUUGGAUUGUUUUAAUCAUUCAUCGUGGAAGAACCUGUCAAGGUUUCUUUCCUUGGGUUUGCAAUAUUUAAUAUCAUAUAUAUUGUCCUAGUUAUCAUUACGCUAGUAGUUAUAUGCUAGUUUAAAUUUAUCAUACUCAUUGCAUAUUUUAUAAUAAUUUCAUACCGGAGAACAGUAAACUUGUAAAUAAAAAAAGCUGUUAACAGUAGCAUAUUGUCAAGAAUUUCG